CCUCUCCCCCCUUUUCUCACUUUCUCUGUCUUUGUUUCUCAACUAAUCUCAUUUACUUCUUCCACCAUUCAAUGCUCCAAAAAUUAAAAGCGCUUCUUCCAUUUCCAGUAAAUUUAGGUGCCACAAGUGGUAUUUUUAUUCGCUUUUGUAUGAUAUACAGUGUAUUUGAGAGUCCACACAAGAGAAAAGAAGCCAGUGGUUUUCUAUGCUUUUGAUGAAGCCAUGGUUGUUUUGCGCGUUCUCACCGACCUCUGAUGGCAUUUAUGAGCCUGUGCUGUGCUGUAUGUGAAGCUUAAUGUCAGUGUGAGAGAGAAGAGAGCGCAACGUCAGGACCAGUCUGGCCUUAGUAAUUGCUUCUCACCUAUAAAAGACUCUCUCUAUAACACUCCACUUUGUACUAUAUCUAUCCACAACCACCAAAACUUCUCCUUCGUCUCCACCACUCCUCCCUGCUUCCUUCUUCUUCUUCUUCUUCUUCUCCUUCUCCAUUCUUCUAUAUCUUAGAUCCAUCACACACCCUCUUUUCUCCUCCAAAAAACCCUACUUGUGUUUCCUUCUUUUAGUCCAGCACUUUCCUUGCUUCUAAUUCCUCGAGCUUUCCCCCAAAAUCAACAUUUGUUUCGGGGAAAUCUGUCCGAAGAUAACCCAAAAGAUUCUGCUCUCUUGUCACAUUGCAUGCAUUGACAUUUUCCAUCGUUGGUUGUUUCGUGUUAGGUCGAGACUUGGUGUAUAAGUUAACGAUGGAGAUUGGCUCUGCUUUGCUCUUAUUCACGGCCAUCACGGCUUACCUACUUUGGUUCACCUUCAUCUCACGGUCCCUGAAGGGUCCACGUGUUUGGCCCUUACUGGGUAGCCUCCCCGGCCUGAUCGAAAAUUGCGACCGUUUGCAUGACUGGAUCUGCGAUAACCUACGCGCCUGCGGCGGCACGUACCAAACCUGCAUCUGCGCGGUUCCUUUUCUCGCCAAAAAGCAGGGCCUCGUGACCGUCACGUGCGACCCGAAGAAUGUGGAGCACAUCCUGAAGGCCCGGUUCGACAACUACCCGAAGGGCCCCACCUGGCAAUCGGUGUUUCACGAUCUUCUCGGCGAGGGCAUAUUUAACUCCGACGGCGACACGUGGCUGUUCCAGAGGAAAACUGCUGCCCUGGAGUUUACUACCAGGACGUUGCGCCAAGCCAUGGCUCGGUGGGUGAGCCGAGCCAUUAAGCUCAGGUUCUGCCCUAUUCUCAAAGAAGCUGAGCUGAAAGGCGAGCCUGUUGAUCUUCAGGACUUGCUGCUUCGGCUCACUUUUGAUAAUAUUUGUGGCUUGGCUUUCGGGAAAGACCCGGAGACUUGCUCUGCGGGGUAUCCCGACAACAGCUUCGCCUCGGCUUUCGACCGGGCCACCGAGGCGUCGCUGCAGCGGUUCAUUUUGCCUGAGGUGUUGUGGAAGGUGAAGAAAUGGCUCGGGCUUGGAAUGGAAGUCACGCUGAGCCGGAGCCUUGUGCAUAUUGAUGAGUAUUUAUCCAAAGUGAUCGCUUCACGUAAGCUCGAGUUGCUGAGUCAGCAGAAGGAUGGGAACCCACAUGAUGAUCUGCUGUCAAGGUUCAUGAAGAAAAAGGAGUCCUACUCGGACACCUUCCUCCAACACGUGGCGCUCAAUUUCAUCCUAGCCGGACGUGACACGUCAUCGGUGGCGCUCAGCUGGUUCUUUUGGUUAGUGACGCUAAACCCAAUUAUUGAGGAGAAAAUCUUGCGAGAAAUCUGCACCGUUCUGAUUGAGACACGUGGCGAGGAUGUUACAGCAUGGUUGGAAGAGUCGUUGCAUUUUGAGGAACUUGACCGAUUGAUAUACCUCAAGGCAGCAUUGUCCGAAAGUCUUAGGUUGUACCCUUCCGUACCCCAAGACUCGAAGCAUGUUGUGCGGGAUGAUGUUUUGCCCGACGGGACAUUUGUGCCCGCCGGAUCAUCGGUCACGUACUCAAUAUACGCGACGGGGAGGAUGAAGUCCUCAUGGGGCGACGAUUGCCUAGAGUUUCGUCCUGAGAGGUGGUUGUCUUCGGAUGGUAAGAGAUUCAUAAUGCAUGAAUACAAAUAUGUAGCAUUCAAUGCUGGUCCAAGAAUCUGUCUAGGGAGGGACCUGGCGUACCUGCAAAUGAAGUCGGUAGCCGCAUCGGUAUUGCUCCGCCACCGUCUCACGGUGGUGCCGGGCCACAAGGUGGAGCAAAAGAUGUCACUGACAUUGUUCAUGAAGUAUGGUCUGAUGAUGAAUGUGCAUCAAAGGGAUUUAGGGGGUGUUUUGGGAAGGGCAAAGAGAGACAGGGAAGUACAGCUGAAUGGACAAGACUCUGUUGCCGUCAAAUGUAACGGUGGCGGUGAAGUGGUAGUUGGGGCUGAUUAAGAGGGUGAUGAACUUGCGGGAUUGAAUUAGGGUUGUGGAAGAUGUGUAUUUUUGUGGUGGAACCCCAUGACAGAAGAAAACACAGCACAAUAGAAAGGAAAGUGAGGAAGCUAAGCUCAUGUGGAUCAAUUAAAUGUUUGCAAAUGUUUUGGGCCACAGCAAUUUAUCUCUUCCAUUGAGCUACACACGGAGGUAGUGGAUUUCUCAUAAUUUACUUGAACAUUAUAGGGUAUCAUCUAUCUUUCCCUUGUAAGCAAAUUAAGCUUGCAAAAUUUUAUUACAAUAUUCUUUAUGUUCAUGCUUGUUCAGAUUUUCAUAAAUUACCUUUUAUCAAUAUUAUUAUUCAUUUGCAAAACAUAGUAAUUUUGUGCUUCUUACAUCAUGUAUGUAUGGUCUUUCUCAGCUGAAAUGUACUUAAUAUUGUUAUGUUCAAUAAAAAUUUCUGAAAGUAUAUGAAA